UAGUUCCGCACACGUGACGAACUGUCAUGGAAGCCCCCAUGCGCAAACCUCCCGUGUAAAGACACACUGCCGGCAGAAAGACGAGUAACUGGACUUUUGUUGUGGUGUUGCUGGAGCCAUGAGACAUUUGCUUCGGCUCGGGCCGUCGCUCGGCCGCCUCGGUGCCCGGCUGUGCCACCACAGCGCGUACAGCAGCCAUGCGACGCCGCGCAGAGUGGGAGUGGAGCUGGGGGCCAGGAAGCUUGAAAUCUCUUCAGGAAGGUUUGCCAGAUUUGCUGAUGGAGCUGCUGUAGUCCAGCUGGGGGACACCUCUGUGAUGGUGACUGCUGUGAGCAAAACCAAACCCUCUCCAUCUCAGUUCAUGCCUCUUGUGGUGGACUACAGACAGAAGGCUGCUGCUGCCGGCCGGAUCCCCACCAACUACCUGAGACGAGAGCUCGGCGUCACUGACCAUGAGAUCCUCACCAGCAGGCUGAUAGAUAGGUCCGUUAGACCCCUUUUUCCUGCUGGCUACUUCUAUGACACCCAGAUCCUGUGUAACCUGCUGGCUGUUGAUGGUGUCAAUGAUCCAGCUGUGUUGGCUAUUAAUGGAGCUUCUGCCGCUCUGGCCCUGUCCGAUAUCCCUUGGAAUGGACCCAUUGGAGCUGUGCGAGUGGGUCUGGUAGAUGGAGAGUUGCUGAUCAACCCCACAAGGGCAGAGAUGGCUUCCAGCACUCUCAACCUGAUAGUGGCUGGAGCUCCCAGCAGUCAAGUGGUGAUGAUCGAGGCGUCUGCAGAGAACGUGCUGCAGCAGGACUUCUGCCACGCUGUGAAAGUGGGAGUCAAGCACACCCAGCAGAUCAUCCAUGCCAUCCAGCAGCUGGCGCGAGAGCAGAAGGUCACCAAACGCAACCCCAUCAAGAUCUUCUCAGCCCCGGCUGACAUGGUGGAUCAUGUUAGGCAAAUAGCCUCAGAGAGAAUCAGUGCUGUUUUCACCGACUACACCCAUGAUAAGAUUUCAAGAGAUGAUGCUAUCAAGAAAAUUCGACUAGAAACAGAAGAGGAGCUAAAAGAAAAAUUCCCUCAGGCUGAGCCCUUUGAGGUCAUUGAAUCUUUCAACAGCGUGUGCAAAGAGAUCUUCCGCAACCUGGUGCUUAAUGAGUACAAGAGGUGUGAUGGGAGAGAGCUGACGGCUCUGAGGAACAUCUCUUGCGAUGUGGACAUCUUCAAACCCCUCCAUGGCUCAGCAUUGUUCCAGAGAGGACAAACACAGGUGCUGUGCAGUGUCACUUUUGAUUCACUGGAAUCCAGUGUCAAAGCGGAUAUCAUCACCACAGCUCUGAGUGGCAUCAAAGAUAAGAACUUCAUGCUCCACUAUGAAUUCCCUCCAUAUGCAACGAAUGAAACUGGGAAGAUUGGAGGCAUAAACAGGAGAGAGCUUGGACACGGAGCCCUGGCUGAGAAGGCUCUGCGGCCACUCAUUCCUAAAGACUUCCCUUUCACUACCAGAGUCACUGCCGAGGUGUUGGAGUCAAACGGGUCCUCAUCGAUGGCUUCAGUGUGUGGAGGCAGCCUCGCUCUCAUGGAUGCAGGUGUGCCCAUCUCCUCUGCUGUGGCUGGUGUAGCCAUUGGCCUCAUCUCCAAGGCUAACUCAGAGAAACCCACAGAGAUCCAGGACUACAGAUUACUGACUGACAUUCUGGGAAUAGAGGAUUAUCUUGGAGACAUGGACUUCAAACUGGCAGGAACUAGUCGGGGUAUCACUGCCUUACAGGCUGAUGUGAAGAUUCCAGGCUUACCACUGAAGGUGGUCAUGGAGGCUAUCCAGCAAGCAACAAUGGCAAAGAGAGAAAUCCUGGGCAUCAUGAACAAAUGUAUUCCAAAACCCAGGGAGAAUAGGAAGGAGAAUGGACCUGUUGUUGAAAAUGUCCGGGUUCCUGUCUCCAGAAGAGCUCGCUUCGUUGGUCCAGGGGGCUACAACCUUCGCAGGCUGCAAGCUCAAACAGGUGUUACAAUAAGCCAGAUGGACGAGGAGACUUUCAGUGUGUUUGCUCCGACGCCAGGUGCCAUGAAUGAGGCUCAGGAUUUCAUCACUGAGGUCUGCAAAGAUGAUCAAGAACAGCAGCUGGAGUUUGGUGCUGUCUACACCGCCACCAUUUGCGAGAUAAGGGAUAUCGGCAUAAUGGUGAAACUCUAUCCCAACAUGAGUCCUGUCCUACUGCACAACUCACAGCUGGACCACAAACGGAUCAAACAUCCGAGUGCUUUGGGUUUAGAGGUGGGACAGCAGAUCCAGGUCAAGUACUUUGGACGCGAUCCAACAGACGGCAGAAUGAGGCUUUCACGGAAGGUUCUCCAAUCUCCCGCCGCAACUGUUGUUAGGACGCUAAGUGAGAAACAGAGCAUCACCAUGGGAGCAAACAGCAACCAAGGGUCCGGCACCGAUUUGUGACAUGCUGACAUGCUGUGUUAGGCCAAAUUCUGACAUUUCCCCUGAGCGGGAAUAACACUGAGUGGAUACUGCCAACAAACACUGUCCCGUUUAAUGUUGGUGCAGCAGUACGCUAAAGAAAUCUCCCAACCCCAGAACGUCAGAUUUGAUCACAAACUGAACCAGUGGUGUACAUACAGAAGCUUCCCUCAGUUGCUGUGGGUAUGGACUAAACUGCAGCUCAUCAGAGGCAAUGUACUGCUGUCAGUGCACCACCACAGAUCUACACACAACCUGAUACGUGCUCCAUCAUAGCUGGGGGAUAACAGGCAGAAAAAUGCAAUGAGGAAAAUCCUGUUCAUAUGUUUUGUUUGUUUUACAGAUGAAAAUUAGGUCUUUUUUUUUUUUUUUUUUUUCUUACAUAUGAUUUGCUGUCAGUUUGAAUAUAACUACACUCAACUGCUCUUAUCAGCACAUUAGUUAGCAUUUCAAUUUAAUAACAUUACCAGAAACUCAUUAUAUUGUCCACUUUAUCCCGACACCAUAUCUGGCUUUUACCAUCAGUUGCACUGUGUGUACACCCUUGUUUCCAUUGUUCACAUCAGGCCAUAUGACUGAUGCUGGCAUGGCGCUUCCAAUUUUUGCUUUCAGCCAAGUGCAGUGGGUCUUUUCAGCCUUUCUGAGACAGAAUGCAAAGAAACAUUGGUGGUGAUGUACUGUUAAACUUUUUUUUUUUUUUUUUUUUUUUAAGUUUUUUAUAUAUAUAUAUGUAUUCUGUAAACGUUGUGUUGACUUUUAUUCAUGUAAAUAAAACAUUUAAUUGUU